AUGGCCACCGUCUCAGACUACAACCUUGACCAGAAGGUCAAGCAAAACAACUGGGAAGAGGGCAACUUCAUCAACUACAAGAAGAUGUCUGAAAACCUUUCCAUUGUGCGCUCAAGACUGAACCGUCCUCUCACGUUCGCCGAGAAGAUUCUAUACUCUCACUUGGACGACCCGGAGGGCCAAGAUAUCGAGCGUGGUGUCUCAUAUCUCAAGCUGCGACCGGAUCGUGUUGCUUGCCAGGAUGCCACUGCUCAGAUGGCCAUUCUUCAGUUCAUGUCUGCUGGCAUGCCCUCUGUGGCCAACCCCACAACCGUCCACUGCGAUCACUUGAUCGAGGCCCAAGUUGGUGGCCCCAAGGAUCUCGCAAGGGCUAUCAGCACCAACAAGGAGGUCUACGACUUCCUUGCAUCCGCCUGCGCCAAGUACAACAUCGGUUUCUGGAGGCCAGGCUCUGGUAUCAUUCACCAGAUCCUACUCGAGAACUAUGCUUUCCCCGGUGGUCUACUGAUCGGAACUGACUCUCACACCCCCAACGGAGGCGGUUUGGGCAUGGCUGCCAUUGGUGUCGGUGGUGCUGAUGCCGUUGACGUCAUGGCUAACUUGCCCUGGGAGCUGAAGGCCCCUAAGGUCAUCGGUGUUAAGCUGACCGGCCAGAUGUCUGGCUGGACUUCACCCAAGGAUAUUAUCCUUAAGGUUGCCGGUAUUCUCACUGUGAAGGGGGGCACGGGCGCGAUCGUAGAAUAUCACGGACCCGGAGUCGAGUCUCUAUCAGCGACGGGCAUGGGCACUAUCUGCAACAUGGGUGCUGAGAUUGGCGCCACUACAUCUGUCUUCCCAUUCAACGACAGAAUGUACGACUACCUUGCCGCUACGAAACGAAAGGAAAUCGGUGACUUUGCUCGUGUUUACGCCAAGGAACUCCGUGAGGAUGAGGGCGCUGAGUAUGACCAGUUGAUUGAGAUCAACCUGUCUGAGCUUGAGCCUCAUAUCAACGGACCCUUCACCCCUGAUCUGGCCACUCCGAUUUCCAAGUUCAGCGAAGCUGUGAAGGCCAACAACUGGCCCGAGGAACUCAAGGUCGGUUUGAUUGGGUCUUGCACAAACUCUUCAUAUGAGGAUAUGUCUCGUGCCGCCUCCAUUGCCCAAGACGCUCUGGACCACGGUCUGAAGUCAAAGGCGAUCUUCACUGUCAGCCCCGGUUCUGAACAGGUCCGCGCGACCAUUGAGCGUGAUGGUCAGCUUGAGGUAUUCGAGAAGUUCGGUGGUGUGGUCAUGGCAAACGCAUGUGGCCCCUGCAUUGGUCAGUGGGAUCGUCAGGACGUCAAGAAGGGAGAGGCAAACUCUAUCGUUUCUUCCUUCAACCGUAACUUCACAGGUCGCAAUGACGGCAAUCCUGCCACGCACUCCUUCGUGACAAGCCCCGACCUGACUAUCGCCUUGAGCAUUGCCGGUACCCUGCACUUCAAUCCUCUCACCGACAAGCUUAAGGACAAGGACGGCAACGAGUUUAUGCUCAAGCCACCCACCGGUGAAGGUCUGCCCAGCCGCGGCUACGACCCUGGCCAGGACACCUACCAGGCUCCUCCCAAGGACCGAUCUACUGUCAGCGUCCAAGUCUCUCCCUCUUCUGACCGUCUCCAGGUCCUCUCACCCUUCGAGCCUUGGGAUGGCAAGGACGCUAACGACCUGCCCAUCCUGAUCAAGGCUCAGGGCAAGACCACCACUGACCACAUCUCAAUGGCUGGCCCCUGGCUCAAGUACCGUGGUCACUUGGACAACAUUUCCAACAACAUGCUGAUCGGUGCUAUCAACGCGGCCAAUGGCGAGGCCAACAAGAUCCAGAACUUCCUCACUGGCGAAUUUGAUGCUGUUCCAGCUGUUGCUCGUGACUACAAAGCCAAGGGUAUCAAGUGGGUUGUCAUUGGUGACUGGAACUACGGUGAGGGCUCUUCUCGAGAGCACGCUGCUCUGGAGCCUAGACAUCUGGGAGGUCUUGCUAUCAUCACCCGAUCCUUCGCUCGUAUCCACGAGACCAAUCUGAAGAAGCAGGGCAUGCUGCCUCUCACCUUCUCUGACCCGGCCGACUACGACAAGAUUCCCCACGACGCCAAGGUUGACAUCAAGUGCACAGAGCUUGCCGUUGGCAAGCCCAUCACCAUGGUUGUUCACCCCAAGGAUGGCGAGGCUUUCGAGAUCAAGCUAUCACACACCUUCAACGCUGGACAGAUUGAGUGGUUUAAGAAUGGAAGUGCUCUGAAUACCAUGGCUAAGGCGAACAAAUAG